AUGUCAUCAUCGCCGCCGCCUUCCUCCGCCGCCGCCGCCGAUCCCCCCAAAAUCCACAUCAACCCCAUCCAGGUGAACACCUCCUCCCCCCGCUUCCCGCCUCCCCCGGCCACCCCGAACUCCCUCUACGCCGCCUCCUCCCCCUCCCUCCGCCGCAUCGCCAUCGCCGUCGACCUCAGCGAGGAGAGCGCCUUCGCCGUGAAGUGGGCCGCUGACAACUACAUCCGCCCCGGCGACACCGUGAUCCUCCUCCACGUCCGCUCCACCUCCGUCCUCUACGGCGCCGACUGGGGCUCCUCCACCCCCACCAGCGCCGGCUCCGGCGGCAACCCCUUCACCAAGGCCUCCCCGGCCGCCUCCGCCGCCUCACAGCGGACGGAGGAAGAGCUCGACGGCCUCGCCGCCAGGAAGGCGGGGAGCCUCGCGCAGCCGCUCGUGGAGGCGCACGUCCCGGUGAAGAUCCACAUCGUGAAGGACCACGACAUGAAGGAGAGGCUGUGCUUGGAGGUGGAGCGGCUCGGGCUGAGCGCGGUGAUCAUGGGCAGCCGCGGCAUUGGGGCCAAGGCGAGGGGGCGGAGGGAGGGGAAGCUCGGGAGUGUUAGCGAUUAUUGCGUGCAGCAUUGCGCGUGCCCCGUCGUGGUGGUGAGGUAUAAGCACGACGGGGACGAGGACGAGGAGACGGAGAAGGAGAGAGAAGAGGAGAAUGAGUUCCAUGAUGCCAAUGAUCAACUCACCAAGUGAAUUUUUAGAGUUAUCUUUUUAUAGAUUCAAGAGUGGCCGGAAUCAGAAUGCUAGAGUUUGGAUUAAUUAGCCCCAAAUGCUAAUUAAUCACAAUACCAUGCCUGAUAGCAACUUAUGUCUUGAAGAAUUUUGGAGCUUGAAGAAAUAAAUUUUUCGUUCAUAUAAAUCUUAUUCAAGCUAUCUUAUAGUUUUCAGUUUUGUAUUUAUACGUUUCAACAAUCAUUUAAAUCUUAAGU